AUGGACGGACCAAACCACUCUCAAAAGCCUCCCAAGGCCAAGCAAUCACAAAGUCCCAACCCCUCCAACCCCAAAACAGCCUACCUAAUCCUCUAUAACUCCAUCUCCGCCCUGCUCUGGACCGUAGUCCUGGGUCGCGUCCUCCUCAUAGCUUCUCUGCACGGCUACCAAAGCGUUUUCGCCGGAACAGCAAACUUCACCCGCUGGACGCAAACACUAGCAGGAUUAGAAGUUAUACAUGCAGCAAUCGGCCUCGUCCGCGCCCCUCUCCUCACUACCCUAAUGCAAGUCUCCUCCCGCUUCCUCCUCGUCUGGUUCAUCGCCUAUCCCUUCCCAGCAACAACCUCCCUGUCACCGGCCUACUCAAGUAUGCUGGUGGCAUGGAGUAUAACCGAAGUCAUCCGCUACUCAUACUUCGCCCUCAACCUCCUGUACGGCAAAGUCCCAAACUUCUUGAUCUGGUUACGAUACAAUACUUUCUUCGUCCUCUAUCCUAUGGGUAUAAGUUCGGAAUGUUGGUUAGUUUGGAAGGCGAUUGAGCCUGCGAAGCGUUAUAACCAGGCUUGGCAGUGGGUGCUCAGGGGGAUACUUUUUGUUUAUGUGCCUGGAGCGUGGAUUUUGUAUACACACAUGAUGAAGCAGAGACGGAAGGUUUUGAGGGGUGACUGGCAGGGUAAGAAGAAGGUGAUGUGA